AUGGCAGUUGCACAAGAACAUUGGGCCGCCAAAUGGAUUCACUCAAGAGAAGGUCAUAUUCCUCCUGAUGCAUUCAGAUGUCACGAUAAAGCUAUCGCUCGUGCUCGUUUUAAAGGUGGAUUACAUAUUGGAUACGUCUCACAUGAACGCCGUGGUUGUGUCAUUGGUUGGGGUGGUGAAGAACAUUGUCUUCCUGAAUAUGAAGUACUUACUGGUGAUCAAAGUCAAUUUCGUUGGGUUAAAAGUUCAGGACAAGUUCGACCUCAAUUCUUUAUUCCUCUAAAAGCUGGGCACGAAGCCGACCAUAAUCAAGAAUUAUACAUUGCAAAAAUACAUAAUCAUAUUGGAAAAGCUGGUAAACAUUUGAUGGAAGGUGCAUCAUACCCAUGUGAUGGACGUGAAGUGACUGCUCAUGAUUAUGAAGUAUUAGCAUUCUUGGGUUAA